CUCACAUGGUUUGAACGAGUAAGCAUGCUGAUUAUAAUCCUGAACUGCGUGACGUUGGGAAUGUAUCGGCCGUGUGAGGACACGACGUGCGAUUCGAGAAGAUGCCUAGUGCUCGCAGGCUUCGACCACUUCAUCUUCGCUUUCUUUGCGGUGGAAAUGGUUAUCAAAAUGAUAGCAAUGGGAAUUCUCGGGAAGCUUGGUUAUAUGAAGGAAUCUUGGAAUAAGCUUGAUUUCUUUAUAGUUGCAGCAGGGACACUCGAAUAUUCUCUGGAUUUAGACGGUGUCAAUUUGUCAGCAAUACGUACAAUUCGAGUCCUACGCCCUCUACGUGCCAUUAAUAGAGUCCCAAGUUUACGUAUACUUGUGGUCCUAUUGCUUGAUACUUUGCCAAUGUUAGGCAACGUGCUGCUGUUGUGUUUCUUCGUCUUCUUCAUCUUCGGUAUCAUCGGCGUUCAACUUUGGAAGGGGUUGCUCCGAAACAGGUGCUAUCUUGAUGACAACGUAACAUUUCCAUUAUCAGCCUAGAAGGCUGGGUGGACAUUCAGUACCUUCUGCAAGACAGUCACUCCAAAUGGGUGUGGAUCUAUUUCGUUUUUCUGAUAGUAGUAAGUAAAUACAACAAUGCAAACCACCCAGGUUUUCGUAUCAUGCAUUUGCGUCUGUCAUCCCAUUCCAUCUUUGGCUAA